UGCACAGUAAAAUGGACUUAAAACUGAGUUGCUUUCUGGUAGUAUUAGCUUCCUGUGCAAGUUUUACUAUUGCUCAAAAACGGAAAACCACUGUAACUGGAGAUUUGACUAAGGAUAAAGAUAUUGGAACAAGGGUAGAUCUUGGAAUUUCCCAUCAACGGGGAAACUGGGGUUUCGAAGGAACAGGCUUCGGUACCUCAAGAGGACACCGAGGAGGGAGUUUAGGAAUAUCACACAAACGAAAAAACUUGGAAUUUGGAGGAUCAGUUUUCGGUGAUAAUCGGGGAAAUCGAGGUGCAAAAUUAGGCUUCAAAUGGAAGUUUGGAAAAAGAUCUGCGGCAUGGACCGGUGAACAUUUUGAAGUUCGAGUUAUAGUUAACCAUUGUGACUUCAAUGUUUAUGAUAUAAAUGAAGACAGUGUGAUCACAGUUGAUGAGAUUUAUGAAUUGUUUCCUCAAAGGAAUGACGCACAUAAAUUGUUCAAGGCGCUUGAUUCUACAUCAGUUGAUGGAAAAGUGACCAUUGGUGAAUUCAAAUUGAUGGCUCCACAAGUUAUAAAAAAAUGUGAAUAUAACAAGUAUAAGUAUUAAUGAUGGUUCUUAUAAAAUGUAUAACAAUGAAUUGAUAGUGACAGUGAUAAAGUAGAUAUUAGAUCAAUAAUUGUAUACUGUAUUCUCUAACCAAUGACAUACGUCGAUCAAUCAAGCAUGUUAUUCUUUUAUAUAUUUAUAAAAUAUUACACCAAUACGAAUAAAGUAAAUUGAGAAUUGUAUCCUAAGAUUUUUUUGUUUGUGUAUAUGUGUAUAGGAAUGGAUCAUUUGUUAAUAAAGUUUCUACUUCAUCGAA